AUGAAAGGUCGAUUCUAUGGGCUUAGCUACACAGACCCACGUUUCUUUUCAGUGAUUCCUCGCCAUUUCCUGCCCCACAUCAAGAGUCCAUGCUGGUACCAGGAGCUCUCCGGUGAUAUUGGCACGGACCCGUACAAGAACAACCGCUUCAGUCUCCACUCCAAGAGUUUCAAGAACGUGUGUGACCACAUGAGAGCCAGAUUCCACCAGAAUGUGUGCGACAGAGACGGGAAACGCUUUCGCCUGCGCUGCUUGCCGUACUUUUACAUCAUUGGUCAGCCAAAGUGUGGCACUACAGACUUGUUUCACAGACUCUUGAUGCUUCCAGAGCUUAAAUUUAACACCAUAAAGGAGCCACACUGGUGGACCAGGAAACGCUUCGGUUAUAUCCGUUUCAAAAAAGGCUUCCAGGAGCGUUUUCCGAUAGAGGAUUACCUGGAUCUGUUUGACUUGGCAGCCAUCAACAUCCAAGUAGGAAUCAGUGGAAAUUCAUCUGGAGAGCAUCGUGCAAAUGAGAUCAUAACAGGGGAAGCCAGCGCUUCGACUAUGUGGGACAAUCAAGCCUGGAGUUAUCUCCAUGGAAACCAGGAGCAGACAGAACCUCCAUUCCUAGCUCAGGACUUCAUCCAUGCAGUCCAGCCUGGCGCCAAGAUCAUUGUAAUACUUAGGGAUCCAGUUGAGAGGCUUUACUCCGACUACUUGUACUUUACCUUGGCCAAUAAGUCUGCAGAGGAUUUUCAUCAGAAGGUGUUUGAGUGUGUCCAGUUGUUUCAGUCCUGUCUCUCUGAGAGGUCGCUGCGAUCAUGCGUCUACAACACCAGCCUUUUCAACGCCAUGCCGGUGAGACUCACACUGGGAAUGUACUUUGUUUUUCUCCUGGACUGGCUGACUAUUUUCCAAAGAGAGCAGAUUCUAGUUCUUCGACUGGAGGACUACGCAGCCAACCUCAGAAAAACUCUCAAGACAGUGUUUGAUUUUCUCGGUGUGGGCCCGCUGUCAGAGCAAGUGGAGGCAUCGCUGACCAAACGUCCAAUGUCCAACACGCGCCGGGCGAAAGACAGGAUCCUUGGUCCCAUGCUGCCAGCAACCAGGAACCUCCUCAGUCAGUUUUACCAGCCGUUUAACAGGAAACUGGCCAGCAUUUUGAACCAAACGUCUUUUCUCUGGAGUUACAGCUGAAGCAGCCUGAGCAGGAAUGAAAUCGAAUGGAGUUGAAAGAUCAGAGAGAAAUGUGACAGCAGACUGCAGUAAAACGCCUGAAGUGACUCUACAGUGAAAUAACUGAUGCUCAUGGCUCUUUGAAAGGACACUUCAAGUCAAUAUGAAAACGAAGUAAACAAACUCUCAUUUCACAAAGUGCAUUCUUAGAGUUCAUGCGACAACAUGCCUGAAUAGUUUCCACCUAAUUUAUAACUGAGAAGAACGAGUUAAGUGUCUUGUAAUAGUUUGUUUUGAACAUGUGCAAAUGAACAGAAUUUGUUUCGCUUUGUUUAUUUCUGUCACAUUUGGUUUUAAGGUUUGAAAACCUAACAUCAAAACACAGUUCAGGGGAUUGUAAUUAAAAAAAAUAUAUAUGAUUUUCAUAUUGAACUGCAUAUUUUCUGUUGUGGAUGUUACUUGGAUUACAAAAAAAACAAUAAAAUGAACAAUGGUGAAAAGAGGGUCAUAUAAAGUGAAACUUUAAAACUGUAAACAGGAAACUGAAGAAUAGACUGUGAUUUAGGUGGAUUCCACAAUGUAGUCUGUUGAUGACGGGCUUAGCCAGUCUAAUUUAUGAUAAAGACAAGAACAAAAUUUGGAUCAGAGACAACUAUAGAUGAGCUUAAAGGAAUUCAAAAGUGUGAGACUACAACUCUUAGGGUUGUGCUGUAGAUUUCUGUUUGGUGCUGUUUAAUAAUGGGUCUCCAAGUCCACACUGUAUGUUCUUUAAUCAACAAAAGCAUUUUCAAGGUUUUCAGAGACAGUCCCUAAGAACUGAAUUGGCUUAAAUUGAAAUGUGGAAAAAAAAAAAAGGUUUCAGGUUCUGUAGUUACCGACACACAUGAAAGUACAGACACUGAUCACAAGAGGGCACUAAAAUUCAGAUCAAAGCUAAACAUUCACUGCAAAUUAGAACCCAUUGCUGAAUUUAUUGUGACAUUUGUCUACAUAUUAGAAACUUGACUCUUUCUAAUAAAAACCAAAACACACCACACUUAAAAAAAACAGAACACAUUUCUAUUUGAGUGUUAUUGGCUUUUAUUUUAUUUAUCUUUACAGUCUAGUUUGCAGAUUUAUAUCACAUUUAUCUUGACACAUAUCUAGGUGAAAGACUGAAAGUUAUGUUAAAUCACGCACAAUUCCAAUUAUUGUAUCAUAAAACAAUAAUAAUCCAUAACUUUUCCUAUAUUUUGUUUCUAUCAAAAAGAAGAGCGUGGCCACAAUAGGAUCCACUGCCACUUGUUUGUUUAAAGCCUCAUGAAGAAAGUCUGUAUUUUCCACAAGAAUGGUUCAAGGACUUCCACAAACAAGCAAAGAUAAUUACUAGAUAAGAGAGUACAAACAGUGUCUUUUUACUGUACUAUUUAUUAAAAUGUUAAGGGUGUCAUGGACAACCUGUCAGCAAAACUACUGAGACUUACGGAUUGUCUUCUUUGUGUUAUGUCUGUCAUAAUCCUGUUCAGGAAUUUUAAAGAGAUCAAAAGGUUUGAGGUUAUCAAAAUUUAGCACUUUCUGACUUAUCUUAAGUGAGGAAGAAGUGAUCUAGCUGGUUCUAAACAAAAGGAGAUAAAACAUGGUCAGAGAAGUUCAGGAGAGAAAUUUAAAAUGUAAACAUACUGUAUUGAUCCCAAAAGGGAAAAAUGAUUUCCUAAACAGGUACAUUAUUGACAGAUUACAUCAUCAAUUACAUAAGAUUGUCUGGACAAUAUGUUUCUUAUAAUCUCCAGUAGAUGUGUGUUCAGUGUGUAUAUGUGUGGAGAACAUCCAAUAGUGUCUUAUCUUCUGAAAACGCUUCCUGCCAGGUUUGACCCAGCCUUUGUGAAAGAUGCUGGUGCACAGCUGAUUUCUCACACACUCCUGUCGCUCCAAACUGUCACUCAGCGUAGUAUUCAUAAACAACAAUUCUACCUCUUCAAUAGCUUUCUGUUUUUAUUAAGUCAGAGGGUUAGAAAUGAGAUGUUUGUGCACAUGGUGGGAUGUAAGUGAACAUGAAGAUGUGGUUAAGUGGAUGGAAUGUUGUUAUGAUUAACACAUUUUCCUCUUAUAUAUAUAUAUAAACCUCUAGUAUAUUAUCUGCCUCUAAUAAA